CCUCGGCCCGCUCCCGCUAGCGUUGCAAGCCACACUUUGAUGCCAUCUCUCCUCCCGUUCGCUCCUCUCCACCAUUUUCUCUCCCUGGCCCCAUGCGAUCCGACCCUACCAUCCCCUCAGCCCAAUCUACUCAAACACCGCUCUCAAAACCGAAAUUCUCGGUGCCCUGCACCAUCUGCGGAGGUAAUACGUGCAGCGCCCUUCCCGCAGCCGCUGCGUCCCCUGGCCCCCAUCUCCGAACGGUAUCAAGUCUGCACGUUAGCAUUUGCGGUCAACUCACUCCUGUCCACAUGCAACAUCUACACGGUGCUGCUACUCCUGACCUGGUCCGCGGCUGCUCGUGUCCCCGAAGCUGCCAGCGCCUUUCUCCAUCAAACGCCCGCAAAACCAGGACCUCAGACGAAACACCAACCAUGAGCCCCUACAAGCUUCAAGGCCUCCAAGUCCUACCACGCAUACGGACCAUAUGGGUCCAGGUACUGUAUUGCGUGACCGAUCUGCCGUGCCGCCCUCAGCCUCAUCCAC